UUGGACAUCGGGAGAGGUGGCUUGGAUAUAGGUAGCAAGCAUUGUCAGCGGUGUCGGAGUUCUACGGCGAGCAGUGAUUGCAUUUCCUGGAAUUAGAGAACAAACGACGCAGAAUGAGUAUGCCGCCAAGCGGCGAUUGUGGGUGUGUGAAUGAUGUCGCUGUUGCGUGGAUAACAUGGAUGAAAGGACUGCACCUUCAUGCCCGGAAAUGGAUCUGAGGACUCGCCGUACAAGUAAGAUUGAUUGGCUCGUCCAUUGCACGCCCCCGCGAAGGCCUCUAGGGUAGCUGUUGCGCACGUCGUUCUAUCCGGAGAAUUCCACACCGUGAAAGGCUGCCUGGGCUCAUGCACAAAGGUAAAUUGGAUGAGGCGGGGCUCGCUUGCGUCACCGCUUCGAGCUGGCGGGGUCUGUGGAAGGGCGGCAGCAGAGAAAUUUCGAGCAACAGCGCGCACUCCUACUCGACGGGCGCCAGAAAAGUGAGUGCGGGCUGCAAUCGCUGCUGCGUAGUGAAAUUAGUGAUUAUUUGCCGCAACGCAGCGUCAGGCAGCAGACAGAGUGGGCCGACGAGGCUGCGCGAAGGGCGUAGAAGCUUGUGGUUGGCCGGUGAGCCAGAUCGAAACUUCCAGAAGAGCGUCCGAAAAACUGCCUCGCAAGCGAUACAAAAGGCUCUCCGCCGCACAAUCCGCCGUUCUCUCCCACUACACCGAACACACAAUUACAACUUGCGCACACUCUCAAGUCCGACUGACUUUGUGAGCUCUCCACUGCUGCUUCUACAACUUCUUUGAUACCCAUACCCACCUCAUCGACCCCGCAGCAAGCACACCCCCAACCCACAUCAUGGCCCCCGCCGUCGGUAUCGACCUGGGAACUACCUACUCCUGUAG